AUGACAAGUGGCACAAACUCUUCAGGAUCUUGCUUGUCCUCAAAAAAAAAUUCUAAAAUAGAUAACAACUACUUGAAGGAACUGAAUGAAGACUUAAAGUUAAGAAAGCAGGAACUUCUAGAGAUACUAAAACCUCUAGAAGAUAAGAACACUCUCUUAUUCCAGAAGCUAAUGGCUAACUUGGAGGAAAAGCAAAGAAGUCUGCAGAUCAUGAGGCAGAUCAUGGAAGGGAGGGGAUAUGAUGAAUCUUCAGUCAUGGCGCUGAUUAAGGAAGCCCGGGAGAUGAAACAGAACCUGGAAAAGAAAAACAAGAUGCUUCGGAAGGAAAUGGAGUUGCUGUGGAACAAGACAUUUGAGUCAGAAGAGCUCCAUGAUCAACAGAAAAUGUUCCUGACGAAGCCCAAGGCAGACGUGAAGGAUGGAAAGGCUCUGGAAUCCCCCAUAUCACUUAGGAAGGCCAGGAGUGAAGCAGAAAUAUCAGAAGCAGAAAAAGUGGAAGAGAUAAGGAGGGGAAAGCAACAGAAGAAAAUAAAAUGGAUCAAAUAUGAGGAACAACCUAACAUCCUUCAGGUACUAAGCUUUUCCAAGGCUGAACAUGGAAUAUAUUUAUUGAGACAAUUGAUUGAGCUGAGAAUUGAAGCCUUAAGGAACUAUCAGAAGGCCAAUGACUUAAAAUUAUCACUGUACCUACAGCACAAUUUUGAGCCAAAGCAAAGAGCUUUGAAUCUUCCAAGGCCUCAAGCUCAGGCUCUUAGCAUUUCUUCGAGCUUUCUGAGAACAGAGGGUUCUCCUCAGGAGACCCUGAAGGCUGUGCAGAUGCUGUGCUACAUCUGUAAAAUGGGUACAGCUACAGAGAGAGCAACAGCCAACAGAAAUGAGCCCACCAUGAGAAUCCCAGGAUCAAAGAACUGUACAGAACAACAAGGAGGAACUAGAGAAAGUCAGUCUGAUGAUGCAGGAGAAAGGCUCUUUUUUCUGAGGUCAGUGCCAGAUGAAGUUCUGAAGGAUUAGAAGACUUUCACUCCAUCUGCUCUGGACAGAGUUAAAGACUAGGUACAGCCAUUUCUGUGCA